GGAAAACUUCUGUCAUCAUCGCCGCCUGGGAGGAAAUUCGCCUCUGACUGGUUGCGCUCGGUCGUAGUAAGCUUCGAACCGACACACCGUGAGCAGGCUGCCCGUGUGAAGUCCGUACCGUGCGUGUGUGACAGAUAGAUCAUAGAGUGGUGAAGAAGGAACCUCCCCUACCAGAACUAUAACCAAAUCCAGCGAAAAUGUUCUCCGCACUGUUGGACGCCGCCCGGAACUCCCCCUUCAAGACCCCGUUCACCAAGGCCCAGUGUGAUGGCGCUGCCGCCCCCGCUGCCGAAAACCCCAAGUCGCUGAUUGCCAGUGGCCGAACCCUGGCGGCCGCUGCCUCCGACGAGGUGGAGUUCGGCUCGACCCAGUUCUACCUGCUGUGCGGUGUCGGUGGUAUCAUCUCGUGCGGUUCGACCCACACCUUCGUGGUGCCGCUGGAUUUGGUCAAGUGCCGUCUGCAGGUCGACCAGGCCAAGUACAAGAACCUGUUCCACGGUUUCAAGGUCUCGGUCGCCGAGGAAGGUGCCAAGGGCCUGGUCAAGGGAUGGGCCCCGACGUUCUUCGGUUACUCGGCGCAGGGUGCCUUCAAGUUCGGCCUGUAUGAGGUGUUCAAGGUACAGUACGCCAACCUCCUGGGCGAGGAGAAUGCCUAUCUGUACCGUACGUGGUUGUACCUGGCUGCAUCCGCCUCGGCCGAAUUCUUCGCCGACAUUGCCCUGUCCCCGAUGGAAGCCGCCAAGGUCAAGAUCCAGACCAUGCCUGGCUUUGCCGGUACGCUGCGUGAAGCCUUCCCCAAGAUGAUGGGCGAGGAGGGUAUCACUGCCUUCUACAAGGGUCUGGUUCCGCUGUGGUGCCGACAGAUCCCGUACACCAUGAUGAAGUUCGCCUGCUUCGAAAAGACCGUCGAACUGCUCUAUGCCUACGUCGUGCCGAAGCCACGUGACCAGUGCUCCAAGGGCGAACAGCUGUUGGUUACCUUUGCUGCUGGUUACAUUGCCGGUGUGUUCUGCGCCAUCGUUUCUCACCCAGCCGAUGUCGUCGUGUCGAAGCUGAACCAGGCCAAGGGCUCCAGCGCGUUUGAUGUGGCCAAGCAGCUUGGCUUCAUGGGAAUGUGGAACGGUCUGAUGCCCCGUAUCAUCAUGAUCGGUACGCUGACUGCCCUGCAGUGGUUCAUCUAUGAUGGUGUCAAAGUGGCCCUGAACAUCCCCCGCCCACCCCCACCAGAGAUGCCAGAAUCGCUGAAGAAGAAGCUGGGAGUUCAGUAAAUACCAUCACGACAUCCCUCGUUAAGUAUCCCUCUUUCUCCCCCUAUAACCUUCUUCUUUCAUCGAUAAGCUAGAAUUAUUUUAUAAGUCACACCAAAAUUCUCAAGUCAAACACUUUUGCGGUACGGACGCUAACAGUCAUCGAGAAUGUGAAUCGGACACAAUAAAAACAACUAUAGAAUCAUUCAAAUGUUAGACAUUAUAAUUGGGUGCUACGCAACAAUUCUAUACUACUAAAUCGAGGACAACUACGGAAUCACGGUUCAGUA